AUGCCACUCUUGGACACUUCUGCAAUGGAUGGAAAACUGAGGUUUCUAGUCAUCGGCGCUGGGCAGCGUGGUGUGUCAUACGCAAAUCCAGUAUCCCAGAUGCCCAACGCAGCAAUCUACGCUGUAGCAGAACCUGUCAACUUCCGACGACAGCAUUUCGGUAAAACGUACAUCUGGGGACAAGAUGGCAAACCCGCCGCCGGACAGGAGUUUAGCGACUGGAAGCAAUGGCUAGCUUGGGAGAUCGAGCGGCGUGAACUUGAAGGGGCGGGCAAGACUGUGCCUCCUGGUGUCGAUGGUGUGUUCGUCUGCACCUUGGACGCAAUGCAUGUGGAGAUCAUGCUCGCAAUCGCACCACUGAAUAUCCACGUCUUGUGCGAAAAGCCAUUGGCAACUUCACUAGCGGAUUGUAUGUCGAUACUGGGGGCAUUCUCACGGAAUCCACAAGAGAAGAUAUUCUCUGUUGGACAUGUUCUGAGAUACAGCCCACACAAUCAGUUACUUCGCAGGCUCUUGCUCACAGAUCGUGUUAUCGGUGACAUUCUUUCGGUUGAGCACACGGAGCCCGUCGGAUGGUGGCACUUUGCACACAGCUAUACGCGAGGGCCAUGGAGACGAGCAACGGACAACAAAGACGGAUCCCUCCUCACCAAAAGUUGCCAUGACAUCGAUUUCCUGCUUUGGCUACUCUCUCAAGCUCCCGACGGGGCCGACAAGGAGAUCCCUGCCCAUCUUCCCAAGACUAUAUCAUCGACCGGAGCUCUGAACCAAUUCAAGAGAUCUAGAAAGCCAAAACAAGCCGGCGAAGCCACGAAUUGUCUGGCCUGCCCUUACGAACGAGAAUGCCAAUACAGUGCCGUCAAGAUAUAUGAUGAUGCUCGGCUGGCUGUAGGACACACCCACUGGCUCAACCAUGUCGUACAUGAUAUCGAGGAUACUCUGCAACUUUCUGGAGUCGAUGCUGCGAGAAGAAGUCUCUAUGCCAACUUGGAACAAGAUUACACCAAGGGUGUCACUCCAGACGGAGAGAUUGCAAAACGACCGUGGUACGGUCGUUGCGUCUACGAGAGCGACAACAACGUCUGCGACGAUCAGGUCGUCACAAUCAAAUGGGAUGAAGAUAACCAGUCCCCUUUGUAUCGCCCAGGAAAACUCGCAACUCUCCACAUGGUCGCAAAUACCGAAAAGGAAUGCGAACGUCGAGGUAUCAUCUAUGGUUCUCAUGGUGAGCUUUCGUACAAUGGAAAGACCAUUAGAUACUUUGACUUUGUUCAGAGACAGGAGACUGUCAUCGAGACGCCUGAUGCACCCGAAUUCGAACAAAAGAUCAAGUCUCAUGGUGGAGGCGAUCGAGGCCUGGCUACGGCUUUUGUGUCUGCAGUCCAUGCUGUCGAGCGCAAGGGAGUCGAAGCUGAGGAGGCCCAAGGAGAGUUUGUUGGAUGCACCCUUGAAGAUGUCGUAAGGGCGCAUGCUGUAGUCUUUGCUGCCGAAGAGGCAAGAAGGGACGAGAAAGUCGUUCAUUGGAACAUAUGGUGGGAAGCCAAGACGCUGCAAUAUAAGAUUGAGUCACAAGCAGUUUGACCGGCG